AGCGAAUCAUCUCACUGAGGGCACUGUCUUGAGACAAUUUCUUCUCAGAGAAAUUCCUUAGCAAGAAAGAGAGAGACAAAGAACUGCAAACCAAUUUUCUCAGGGUCCUUACUGCUGGAAGCGGAGAUGUUGUCGUUUUCAUCCUUUGUGGGCAUCGUUGUCCUAGCGUCUGUGACCAAUGCUCAGCCAUGGCAGAUGGCAGCUAUGUGUGGUGGUAAUCAGAUCAACCCCAGAGAGCAACUCUGCUGCAACAACGAACCUAUGCAACACGUCGCCCCACCACAGUUCUCCGUGUGCUGCGAAGGUCAGCCAGUAGACAACCGCACCGAGGCAUGCUGUGGAGGCGUCGACACGUACCAUCCAUUGGAGGAAGGCUGCUGCGGAAUCGAGACGUACGAGUUACACCAGGAGGGCUGCUGCGGCGGCUUCGUAUUCGAGCUGGGACGCAGGCAAUGUUGCGGCAACAGGCUAGUGAGCAACUCCUACCUCUGCUGCGACGGCAACGCCGUGAAAGUUGGCCGCAAGAGAGACUACACUUGCUGCGGAAAGAAGGCCGUCAAGAAGGGCCAGGUCAAGUGCUGCGGUAACACCGACGGGAUCAAAAUCACCGACAAAAUCACGAAAUGCUGCAACGACACAUGGACGUACAAGUCCACGGAGCAAUCUUGCUGCGCCAAAGAUAAGGCUUCCACCGAACUGAUUGUCUACCCGGGGGCCACAUGCCCUGGCUUCGAGGCACCGACCACCAAAGCUGCUGAAGCAGUGACAUCACCGGCCGUAGCCGCAGGAGCCCUUCCUCAGCAGAUAGCGUUCAACCCAGCAUUCCAGCUCUACUUUCCGAAUAUGCCAGGGGCAAAGCUGCCAGCUGGUGGACAACUACCCGCGACCAAGAAAGCGUUCCAAGAUGCAUUCCGCUACCCAACUGGCCAUCGUGCUGCCCCUGCUGCUGGCGCUCCACAGGCCCCCGGUCAGCCGGGAAUGCCAUUCAUGUUCCCGGGCAUGCAGAUGCCUGGCAUGCAGAUGCCAGGCAUGAUGCCUGGUAUGCAGAUGCCCGGGAUGCAGAUGCCCGGUGGUGCACCAGCCGUUCCCACUGCAGUAGCUACAGGUAACCCUGCCGCGCCUGCCGCGCCUGCUCAGGCACAGCCGGGACAAAUGCCACCUGGAUUUAAUGCGUGGAACAUGUGGAACAUGUACCAGAAAAACCUUCCAACUGCUGCAGGAGGCAAGCCCGCUGCCAAGCCACUCUUUUGAUUUCAAGCCACCAAUCGAAGAUCCAAACUCUAGCCAUCUUGCAGCCGCGAGGUCACACUGCAGGGAGAUACUAGAAAACGCAAAUGGAAUCAGUUACAGCACAGUAUCUGAACCCCAUUCCUACGGCUCAUCGAAAAUAUCAUGGUGGUCCAUGAUGACCCGGUCUGUACCAGCUGUAUCUACUAGUACUCUAUAUUUCUCUCUCCUUCUUUAUCUCUUCCAACCCUUGUUAUCAUUAACACCAUGGACGCGGUACAACGUCGAUCGUGUAUCCAUCCAAUUCGGUGAUGGAAACACACCACAAGUGUCAUAGCCGCAUCCGUGCGCACCUUGAUCAAUACUAUACUACUUCGAAAUGCAUGAAUGCGAUAAUAUUAUUAUACUUGUUUCCGUAAGACUAACAGUGAUCAGUCCUGUCACCGUGCACUAAAGAUCUAUUGACACUACAGAAGCCUUCAAAUGGAAUAAUGUAUUUCUAGCGACAAUUAUAUCAAUUCGAACUAUAGCUCGCGAAGCCCGGGAGCUGCAAACAGAAUAAAUUUCUUCUUUUUAUGUUGACAACUGUUACGGCAAUGCAUACAAUGCUGUACAUACGUUCACAAUGAUAAUACAUGUAUGAAAAAUGAUAAAAGAAAUGAAGUGACAACAAUGCCUACCUGUCAAUUGU